AUGAACGAAUGAUUCCUCGGAGCCGCAAGAACCACCAAAGUAGCACAAGUCUUGCUGCUGUUCCCAGUUUUGCAACCAACAGACUUGAACCCUUGAUUUGAAGCUGGUUCAUGUGUUAGCACAAACGAACACGCUAUAUAUUGUCGAGUCCAGAUGUAUGUUAUUCAUCAUUGCACACUUGAAUUAAUAAUAUUCUGAACGAAGACGAGAAAAAAAGAGAGAGGUGGAAGAUGCUGGAGGCAUUGUUAGCAAAGAAGAAGGAAUUCCGUGGUUUAAGACUUAGCAACUGGCUAGCAGCUUAUGCGAUCUAUCAACUUGAUUGUUUUUACAGAUGAAACUGCAUGAUUUGAGUAAUCUACCACAUCAGAACGGGGAUGACAAGGUGCAAGAAAGAGACUACCAGUUGCAGCUGUACAGGUACUGUCAUAUGAUUGACACGGGCAAAAUAAAUAGCCCAACCAGGCCUAAGGAAGAGGAAAGAGAAAGAGCCCAUCCAAGGCCCAAUAUGACAGCCCCAGCCCGACCGGAGAGGAAGAAGAGAGAAGAAAAAAAAGAAGAAGAGGAAGGGAAAGGCCCAAUUUAACAACUUGUUGGGCCAAAUGGCCUAGACUUCGUCAAAGAUCUGAGAGAACGAAAACAAAACAUUUCAGCCUCGAACAAGCUUAUAUUUCUGGUGCUGUGCAGUCGAGGAAAGCAAACAGGCCUCUAAAGAAGAAGAUAGUAUGAUAAGUUUUAGGACCCUUCGAUUGAGACCAAAGCAAACAAUUGGGACCCAAUCAGAUUGUCCAGCGGCUGUGGUGAAAUCUAACUACAGUUAAUGGUGUCAUAACGUGUUGCGACGAGUACAUAUAAGCCAUGCCAUAGUUUGAACCCUCAUAUCUUCCUCCAUCGAUUGUUUUUCGAGCAUCCUCGCUCGAUUUCGUGGAGACAUAUUGUCUAUCUCUCUCACCCUGUCUCAUACACUGCUUCAUCAAAUACCAGCCAAUUCAAUGGAAGGUCCAUCUGAACCUGUCGGAGGUGAUCAGAAUGAUCAAACUGUCCAACCGUCAGCUGAAGAUAUUAGAAGAGAACAGAGACGGCAAAGAGACAACAAACGCAAGGAGAGAGAGCAGCAAGAGAUAGAAGGAACUCAGAGAGAGUUGAAAAAGUGGAAAGCAGAUUAUGCUAAGUUGGAGAAAAACCAUGCCUACUUAAGAGGAAAACUGGAACAGUUGGAACACGAUGUGGAGCAAACUAGAGAAACUCGUAGGCGACUGGAGCAAAUAGUUGAACAACAGAAUAUUUUGAUCAACAUGCUUCAGAUACUUAUUGGAAUGACUCCUCGCAACACAUUUGGCACCGGAGAGGCAGGACUACAAGUUCAUAACCCACCAGUUUAUCAAUCUGGAACUACAAUGGGGUCGGGUGGCUCGACCAUGCAAGUGUCAUCUGGGCUGCGUCAAUCACCUGUCCCUCAGCGGUGGGCACAUGGGAACAAUGAUGAGCAGCCAGCCUCGGGUGAACUGUUCGUUAGCCUUCAUGACUUGAACAGCACUUAUCCGCCUAGAACAGCAAUGGCGUCGGGUAGCUCGCCCAGGCCAGGGUCACCUGUCGCUCAAGGGUGGGCACAUGAGAACAAUAGUGAGCAGCCUGGCUCAACUUAUGGUGAUCAGUUCUGUAAUUUGAAUGGCUGCUCGAGUAAUGAUGGAUAAGUACUGGGAUGGAAGCAACAAUAUCAUAGACGAGUGUUAUUUGAGUUAUGAAUGUCGGCAUGUACUAGUAAUGCUGCUGGGAAGACAAAGAUUUUCAUUUAUCAGAAUCUCGUACUAUAAUCUAUGGGUGUUUUUUAGAAGUUUUUCAAUAAGAUAUAUUUGUAAAUAAUUGAUUGAAUCAUUGCUUGAUUAUUAUAACUUGAAUUGUUCAUUCCUCCCAA